CAGCACCAUGGCGUCUGGCUGCAAGAUUGGCCCGUCCAUCCUUAACAGCGAUUUGGCCAAUUUAGGGGCUGAGUGCCUCCGGAUGCUGGACUCUGGGGCCGAUUAUUUGCACCUGGAUGCACCCUGCUCUUCAGGGAGGUCAGUUUUUUUGCAUUUUGUUCCCAACAUCACCUUUGGGCACCCUGUGGUAGAAAGCCUCCGAAAGCAGCUAGGCCAGGACCCUUUCUUUGAUAUGCACAUGAUGGUGUCCAGGCCGGAACAGUGGGUAAAACCAAUGGCUGUAGCAGGAGCCAAUCAAUAUACCUUUCAUCUUGAGGCUACUGAGAACCCUGGGGCUUUGAUAAAAGACAUUCGGGAGAAUGGGAUGAAGGUUGGCCUUGCCAUCAAACCAGGAACUACAGUUGAGUAUUUGGCACCAUGGGCGAAUCAGAUAGAUAUGGCCUUGGUUAUGACAGUGGAACCUGGGUUUGGAGGGCAGAAAUUCAUGGAAGAUAUGAUGCCAAAGGUUCAUUGGUUGAGGACCCAGUUCCCGUCCUUGGACAUAGAGGUCGAUGGUGGAGUAGGUCCUGACACUAUCCAUAAAUGUGCAGAGGCAGGAGCUAACAUGAUUGUGUCUGGCAGUGCCAUUAUGAGGAGUGAUGACCCCAGAUCUGUGAUCAACCUGUUAAGAAAUGUUUGCUCAGAAGCUGCUCAGAAACGUUCUCUUGAUCGAUGAAACCGUGAGGAGUCCAGUUUUUACGCUCAUGAAAUCUUUCUCCUGGAAAACAAGAAUAUCGACUACCAAAACAUACCACAGUUGAAGCAGGGCUGUUUCUCUGAGCAGCUGUUCAUUCCAGUGACUAAAAUCUAUCCUGCAGAAUGUUCCAAGAGGUUAGAAAUUGGUGUGUAUGUCUCCAUUUUUAGUGAUGGAAUUUAAAGAUUAGUGUGGUAAAAUACCAUUUUUACUGGGAGACUUGAUUUUUAUAAGAGUAAAAAUAUGGCUGUAUUAAUAGGGUUAUAAACAGAAAUGUGUCUUAAUGCCUACU